AUGGUAUUGACAGAAGCAGCAAAAGAGGGAAUAUGGUUGAAAGAGUUGGUUAUAGUGUAUUGUGAUAGUCUAAGUGCAAUCUGUUUAGCUAAGGAUCAAGUCCAUCAUGAGAGGACUAAGCACACCGAUGUAAGGUAUCAUUUUCUGAGAAGUGAGAAGAGAAUUAAGGAGUUGUUGAUUGCCCUUUUGAGGGAAAAAUCUGAGGCAGAGAGUUUCUGGUACAUCAGGCAUUAUAAUGGUGUAUCUGGUACAUCUUGUAUUUGUGAGAGGAUUCAAGUCAAGGUGGAGAUUUUUACUUGUUUGAUUUCUCUUGAUCUUGUUUUGUUUCCUUCAUCAUCUCUUAUCCAUCAACUCUGCUUCAUUCUUUCUUCUCUUUUUGCUUGUAAUAGCCAUGUGGGAGGUGGCACAUUUGUGUUUACCUUCCAAGUUCAAUAUGUAUACCCUUAUGAGCCUCCCAAGGUUAAGAGCAAGACAAAGGUAUAUCAUCCUAACAUCGACUUGGAGGGUAAUGUAUGCCUUAACAUUCUAAGAGAAGACUGGAAACAUGUAUUGAAUGUAAACAUUGCCAUCUAUGGGUUGUAUCACCUCUUCACGCAACCAAACUACGAAGACCCUUUAAAUCAUGAUGCAACUGUUGUGUUGAGGGAUAAUCCGAAAAUGUAUGAAUCGAAUGUGAGAAGUGCUAUGGCAGGGGGUUAUGUGAGUGAAACUUUCUUUCGGAGGUGUGUUUCUUGA